AAAUCUUGCAUUGCAUAGUCAAGAGUUGUGUUUUUUUUUUCUCUAAAGAAAGGAAGAUAUGAUUGGCCUAAAUAAUGGAAGAACUGAACAAUAUGAUAGUUCGGAAUAUGAUAGGGAGAGAGAAGUUCAAACCUUUGAUGAUUCAAAGGCUGGUGUAAAGGGACUUGUGGAUGGUGGUGUCACAAGGUUACCGCGUAUAUUCUUGCGCAACCAGUAUGUAGCUGAAAUGAAAUCGGACUCCGAGAUAGUUACAAAGUUUAGCAUUCCAGUCAUAGAUUUUGAAGGCUUGGGCAAGAGUGCAGCUCAACGGGCUGAUAUCGUACGAGGAAUAAAGGAUGCUUGUGAAAAGUGGGGAUUUUUUCAGGUUGUCCACCAUGAAAUCCCAUCAAUUGUCAUGGAAAAAGUAAUAGAAGGCGUUCGCCAUUUUCAUGAGCAGGAUUCUGAGGUGAAGAAAGAGUUUUACUCCCGUGAUGUUACAAGGAAGUUCAGCUAUAAUAGCAAUUUCGAUCUACAUAAAACACGAGCAGCUAAUUGGAGGGACACCCUUUCCUGUGUCGUUGCUCCUAAUCCUCCGGAUCCCAGAGAAAUGGCUGAGGUUUGCAGAGAUGUUCUGAUCAAAUAUGCAGAACAUGUGAUGAAUCUGGGAGAUACUCUAUUUGAGUUACUCUCUGAGGCCUUAGGACUCAAUCUAAAUCACUUGAAAGACAUGGAAUGCGCCAAGGGGCUUGUCCUCGCUGGCCAUUAUUAUCCGACAUGCCCUGAACCAGAUCUCACUUUAGGCCUUAGCAGUCACACAGAUGGUGGAUUCUUGACUAUAUUAUUACAGGAUCAAGUAGGUGGCCUCCAAGUCUUUCAUGAAAAUCGAUGGUUUGAUGUUCCUUUCUUACCUGGAGCUCUAAUUGUGAACAUUGGAGACCUUAUGCAGCUAAUCACGAACGAUAAGUUCAAAAGCGUUCAUCACAGAGUGCUGGCAACAAAUGCAGGACCAAGAAUUUCAGUGGCUAGUCUUUUCAUAAUGAAUUUUCAAGAAGGCAGUGGAUCAGGACUAUAUGGGCCAAUCAAGGGGUUGUUAUCAGAGGAAAGCCCCCCAAUGUACCGGGAAACAAGCAGAAAAGAGUAUGUCACAUAUUUAUACAACAAAGGGCUCGAUGGAACUUCCUUAUCAUCACAUUUCAAAUUACAGAAAUAGUGGUAGGAUCUGCAGAAAGGCAGAAAUGUUUCAUCAUCUUUCAGUGUUUUACUCUUUGCCUCUUGGUUACUGUGUUCUGCUAGUGAGUUCGAUUAAGUAUUUUGUACCUUUUGUACACACAUCUCUUAUGCUGUCAUUUCAUCCAAUGUGAUUUAAAGUAGCUUUUUCUGGUCCUCCUAUUAAUGCAUGCUUGUUAAUUGAAGGUCAUUAGAAAUGUUGUUUUCGAUGUUCAUACUACACAUUUAAAGAUUUCUCAGAAUAAUUUGAUAUUCUAUGCGUUAGCAAUGCGAUGGCAAUCAAACAAAUAUCAUUGCACUAGAAAAAAAAUAAAUGAGCAGUUUAUCCAUCAUUUCCUAAAAUAUGAAGG